AUCUUUAGUAUGGUUUUUCUCAUAUAUGAAUAUGCAUUUCAGUAUGCUUUUUCUCAUAUAUUGUUCCUAUUGCUUCCUCUUUAGUAAUUGGGAAAGUGGAGCUUCUUCUUUUGCACAUGUCCAAUGUAAACUGAAUUGGACAUUUUUAUUUUUGAAACAAAGGAAUAUAAUAAUUUGAAGCUCAGACACGUAGAAAACUGAAUUUUAUUUUCAUGUAAAUUGAAAUUGUUUACAAUAUACUGAAUUAGAAGCAGUAAAACAGAUUUUAAACUAUUAGAUCACAAUUAUUGAUAAGUUAGUUUGAAUAUUAAUUGUAUAAAUUUAUUUCAGUCUUGUUUACACAAUUCAAAUCAUAUAAAAUUAACAUGCUAGAUUCUUCUUUCUUGCCUUUUUAUCAUUUAGAAAUAUUAUCGACAAAUUAAUUUCAAACAGGUUUGGAACGUUUUUAAGUUUGAUGUAAUUUCCAAAUUGUUCGUUCCAGCAACGGUAGUGGAACACCGCACGGAAGCCACGUGGAUUGAUGUUAGGAUCUGUUUGAAAUUAUGGGGUAAAUUUGCAAUAAUGAAAACUAUAUGUUGUUUUUUUUUGUUUUUUUUUUUUGAUCAAAACUAUAUGUUGUUAUUUUCUAUAAAUUUGUGUAUACUUUUUCCCCAAGUCCCGGACCUUCUCAAACCUUCCUUCCUCUACUAGUUACAACUAACUGACAUUCCCCAAACUCAAAACAAGUAUUCGAUCGCUGAAGAAAAAGCUCUUACAACCGGAGGAAUAGUGACUUUCAAUUUAUAUUGCUCAGUUGUUGAAACCGGUAUUAGACUUUCUCUUCUCAUAUGUUUCAGAAAGAGAGAGAUCAAAUAUUAUGCGGCCUUUUCCUGCUCCUAUAGACAAGCUCAAACCAAUAUUUUCGGUUUCAAGAUCACACGGUAAAGUAGUGAGAACCAUUAUACCCAAGAAACUUGAGAACGUGAACAAUAGCGAAAGAGAGACAAUGAAGAAGACUGAGGAAACAGUAGACCCAGUGGUUGCGUUCAGUAAACCACCACCGUUUACACCAUUUGUCGGUCCAUUGCUCGUGUAUUCGCUUCUUCAAUCAUGGUUUAGCGGCGAUGAAGACGGCUAGUUACAUCUUGGAAUAUAUUUAUGUAAUUAUGUAUUAUAUGAGAUGUCUGCA